AUGAAUAUUCACUGGUUACUAUUGUUUUCGUUGAGCAUUGUUUAUUGUCAAUAUGCUGAUGAUGAUUUGUUUAUUCUCAUCGAUGAAGUGAGCGUUUAUUCGUGUCGAGGAGUGAAAAAUGAGAUUAAAAUCUCGGAAGAGGACAUCAAUAUCAUCAACGAGAAAGGGAAUAGGGCCUACUACAUUCGAGCACCCGGCAACUACUCGCUUCACUUUAAAAAUCUUAAAGUCCAAAAGGAUUUCGGGUUUCUGGCUGGCGAAAUCGGUGUCACGUUGCAAGUACCGAUCAUUGAAGGGCCAGCAGGUAUGCGCUUCGAUUUACCGUAUCCGAUGAUCCCUGAGACGGGGUUAUUAUCUCAGAAAUGUGACGCUAACUCGGGGAUUGUCGAAAGAAAUGGGCGACAGUAUUGUCGUUACUGUGAUCUUUGUUCUGUCUCGAAAGCGGUUGAGUCGAAAAUCAACGAAGAUCAUGUGUUUUUGCCUGAUCGUGAGGUUUGGAAAUCUUUUAAA